UUGUCUCACGGUCACACGGUCUCAUUCUAGUCGGCAAUGCGACCACGCGAGGGCUCGACCGCGCGCGUCGGGACGAGGUCUCGGUGCGGCCGUGCAGGGAGAAACGAGCGUGACGGCUUCUUCGGCUGCGUCGGCCGAUCGAGCGAUCUGGAGCGCGAGCGCUGAUCCAUUCCGUGCGAUCUUCCGGCCAGGGCCCCAGGAUUUGGGUGUCAAACUACCAAAGGCGGCCGGCGUACCCACCGCAGUGACAACGCACACAAAAGCCCGCAAACUCUCAGAUUACCCUGACGAUCUUACCGUAUUCGUACUGGCGUACACCCAUCGUCGCCUCGGCAGGCGUAUCGGGGUCGGUGUUCUCGGCUAGGCGAGCGCAAAAACCCUCCUCCUUCACCGACACCGUGGAGGUUAAUAGCAACUGCUUUAAUCAAUUACUAUUACAAGAAACCAAGAUGCUUGAAAGAGAACAGCGAAGGAGAAGUAUGGUGGUAGAGCCGUAGAGAGGUAGGGCAGAGGGUACUGCACAGGAACAUCAAUGGAUCAGGGGAUGGAGCUGAAGGGGUGCGUUUGCCGGAUCAAGAGCUGCGCCGUUGAGCUUCUGUCUAUGGAGGAGGAUCUCGUGACUGAUCUGGACGAUGACCUGUGGGAUUUGAACAGGAGGGACCUCCAGCUCAAGGCCACCUUCCUGUACAUUGACCUGAGCCGUGUGAUCUCCCGCAGCGAAGGCGAGGAGCACAGGAAGGCGCUCACCCUUCUCUCCAACGAGUUCUUCUACUUCAUGGAUGAGCUGGGUGACGCCGUGGCGAGCCGGAGCGUCUCCGUCGUGAAGGUGUGCUACGGCGACGUGGCUCGGGCCCUGCGCGAGGUGGUCGCCGCCGUUACGCCGCCGGCAGCAGUAUGAUGGGCUUAUUCCAUUAUGUUGUUGCCAUAUUGCUGUAGAGGCAGGGAGGAGCACCGACAGAGAGACGCAUGAAAAGGAGAGACAAGUGUGUCUAAAAACUCUUGCAGAAAAGAGGACGAGAUGAUACAUGUCACCAUGUAAGAAAUGUGGCGGUAGCUACAUCACCUAUGUACAUACAUGAUGAGAGGGUGGCUGUGGAGAGAGAGCUGAAGCAAAGCUAGGAAAAGAUCAGCUUGCGUACAGUUUUUUUUUCCUCCGUGAUAAUGGUCUUCUGUCCUGCCUCGUUUUCCCCUCUGAAUUUUCCUGUGUUUGCGCGUUGCGCGAUGAUAAAUGUUGCAUAGAUUGCCUAAAUCUGUGGAAUAUGACUCCAUACAUUUGACUGGGAUCCGAAGCAU